UUGUCCGUAGCUACCUAGUUGGUAUCCCGGAAUACUAUUCCCAAAACGCAAAAAGGACAGUUAUAUUGAAUUGUUGUAUUAAGAUAACUCUCUCUCUGUCUCUCUCUGCCACGUACAUGUGUUACCCGACACGAAAUUCAUUCAUGGAACACCUAACCUCUACGCUUCAUAAUCGGUUCCAGUUCCUCUUUUCUCUCAUCACCACCAGCAUCCCAUCCACACAGGGAGCGGCUAAAUUAGUAAUAUACGCAAGAGGUUAAAUCAAGAUCAAAAUCCUACUAUAGGCUGCUGCUAUGACAACCACCAGGGUCUAUAUAGUGUAUUACUCCUUACAUGGACAUGUGGAGACUAUGGCAAGGGAAGUGCAGCGAGGAGCCAAUGCAGUUGAAGGUGUUGAAGCAACACUUUGGCAGGUACCUGAGACCCUUUCCGACACGAUAUUGCAAAAAGUGAAGGCCCCUUCAAGAGCAAAUGAUGUGGCAGAGAUCAGGCCAGAGCAACUUGUGGAGGCUGAUGGAUUUCUGUUUGGAUUUCCUUCUCGUUUUGGCGUGAUGGCAUCCCAGUUCAAGGCCUUCUUUGAUGCCACCCAUGAGUUGUGGGCAUCCCAAGCACUUGCUGGCAAACCUGCUGGAGUCUUCUGGAGCACUGGUUUUUAUGGGGGAGGUCAGGAGCUUACUGCAUUGACAGCUAUAACACAGUUAGUACAUCAUGGUAUGCUAUUUGUUCCUCUUGGCUAUACCUUUGGAAGCGGCAUGUUUGAGAUAAAUGAGGUAAAAGGUGGCUCUGCUUAUGGUGCUGGAACUUUUGCAGCAGAUGGAUCUCGUCAACCUACAGAGCUAGAACUCCAGCAGGCCUUUUACCAGGGUAAAUAUGUUGCCAAGAUAACAAAGAAGCUGAAAAAUCAACCCCUUUCCUCCUCGUGAGGGAUAAAGAUUCAACUGGAAAUUAUGAAGACACUUCACGCUCACCGGUGGAAACACAAACUCGUUGGUCGUUGCCAUUGACAGGUUAUUGUGUAAAAAAAAAAAAAAA